AUGAGUACAUUACCCAGAAGAAUUUUAAAAGAGACAGAAAGACUUCUUUCUGAACCUGUUCAAGGUAUUACAGCUAUACCAGAUGAAAAUAAUGCUCGUUAUUUCCAUGUAACUAUUGAUGGUCCUGAAGACAGUCCUUUCCAAGGUGGAACAUUUAAAUUAGAAUUAUUUCUUCCUGAAGAAUAUCCAAUGGCAGCUCCUAAAGUAAGAUUUAUGACAAAAAUCUAUCAUCCAAAUAUUGAUAAAUUGGGAAGAAUUUGUCUUGAUAUCUUAAAAGACAAAUGGUCACCAGCUCUUCAAAUUCGUACUGUCUUACUGAGUAUUCAAGCAUUGUUAUCGGCUCCAAAUCCUGAUGAUCCUUUAGCUACAGAUGUUGCUGAACAGUGGAAGACAGAAGAAGCUGAAGCAAUUAAUACAGCUAGAAAAUGGACUGAAAUAUAG